AUGAAAGAUAAAGAAGACUACCUUAAACUCUGCGAUGUCAGUCUAUGGCCAGCCGAAAUUCAAAACCGUAAAAUCUCAGUAACGCUACCUAAAUUUACGCCCGAUCAAUUCGCGUUGGUCGUCCGUAAUGUGCCAUUAGAAUUUGCAGCUGAACAUGUAAUGGAGGAAGUAAGAAAAUCUGCAACAUCAGUGGAUAAGUUGCGCAUGAUCAUCUACCCAUACCAACGUACAACAAAUGAUUUUCGAUUUAUCGUCUCAGAUCUAAAGGAAUACAAUGGAUUAAUAAAUUUGGGCCAUGCUGGUGUAGGAAAUAAACUAUGCACAAUAACACCAUACAGACCAGCAAACAAAAUUACAUUCUGCAACAAGUGCUGGUGCAUAGGACACAUACGUAGCAGAUGUAGUAGCAUGGUUCAAAAGUGUAGAUUCUGUCUCGAAGAAUAUAACCAAGGCCAUAAUGAAAUAUGCACAAAACAGUAUAAAUGUGCUCAAUGUCACGAAAACCACUACUCAUUAGAUGCAAACUGCGAAAUAAUCAGAGAGUACCGAAGAAAUCUGAACAAAGCAGUAAAAAAGGCAACAGUAGAAUGGAAAAUCAAGCUUCCUGAAGUCGACACUCGGCAAUCGUUAAUUAACCAACAAUUCAAACCUGCACUUGACUCAUUUCCUCCUCUCCCCGGAGCAUCUGCGCAACGAGUGUACAGACCUACAGCUUGGAAGACAACAGCAUCAACAUCGACGCAAAUAUUUAACCAAACAGCUCCAGUAGAUAUCACUAACCAACAAUUAUUCGACAAAAUAUGUUGCCACCUGGACGAGAAGUGGAGCAAAGUAAAUGAUCAUAUUACCAAUCUAAAGUCAAAAGUUAAGGGAAAUGAAAAAGCUGGCUUAGAAACACGAAAAAAUGUUUCGUGUCUGGUGGGUCUUGUGAAGCUAUCAAUCACAGAUAUUAUACCGCCAAUCGUGAAACUGGCAUUUAGUAAAGACACCAAAGUGAAAAAAGAAGUCGAAAAAUCGACAGAACUAAUAAAAGAUCAACUACAAGCGCUAUACGUGGAUAUGGAGUUAGUUGGUAUGACAACUGCAAUGAAGGAUAUAGAAGAAGCUCAGGAACAGAUAGACAAACCAAUCAACUCAGGAACUUAA